AUUAUUGUUAAUUUUGACAAUAUAAUUUUAGAUAUAUAUUUUUUUUUUUGAUAAUUAAACUCGUAACAUUAAUUGAACUGGCGUAAGAUGCGGGAAGAAAAGUUUCGCGUCUGAUUAUAAUAGGAAGAAGGGGUUAAUCUUUAACGGCACGAUACGAAAAUGGAUUCGAGGCUUUAUCUCCUGGCUAACGGCGGACAACAACUUCUCCCACGAUUUCCCUAUGAACCAUCAAACAAUUUAUUGAACGUCGCGCCGGCGUAUCAGUGACGUUUAUUUCAGGCUGGAACAUUUUCCGACCGGCCGCUCGUCCUUUCCUGUCACUCACCCAAUGUACCAUAACUACCCUUCUUCCCUCUCGUUGCGUGCGCGUCACCCUUUUCCAUCUGUUUGUCUUUCUCUUCCUUUUUCUCCCCUCUCCUUCCUUUUUUGUUCUUCUCUUUUUUUUCCCACAAUUUUUUUCCCCUUUCCUUUUUUUUUCUUUUUUUUUUUUUUUUAAUUUUCCGUAACCAGUCCGGUCGGUGCGGUGUGUCGGCAGUAAAAUUGUCGAAAUCGAUGGAGCGUUUCGCGACGACCGAGGUCCCACGAGUGUGUCCGCGCGAAAUCCACUUAAAUACACUGGCCCAUUUUUAUUCACGCCGUACACGAGAAUUGAAACGGGCGAUUCUUUGGUUGCUGCGGGUGGAGGAAGGGAGAGCCAGAAAAAAAAAAAGAAAAAAGACAUCGUCGAAAAACCAUUCACAGCGACUAUGAAAUAUUAAUAAAGUUACUACGGUUGUUCUUUUUUCAACGUUUUGGUUGGAUGUGCGCCCACCUAUUUCUUCCGUGGGGUUUUCGCGAGAAAAUUUCUUCGUAUUUGAUUCUCCUCCACGGGAGGGGAGAAGGGAUGUUACGUUCUCGGUGUUGAAAUUACCGUUCCAUCGCGAUUCGAUGUGGGUAAUUUCGUUUGGAUAAAAUUGAAUGUUUCGUGAGAAUGCUCUUCUUACGAUGGAAUCGUUACAGAUUUCUUUUCUUGAUGGUAUUUCAAAAUUUUAAUCCAUUUAUUGAAAAUAAAUAACGAUCCGGUGAUUUCAUGCUCUCGUUCCAGAUGAUAGAUAGAAAAUUUAACGAAUAAAAAGGGUAUAUAAUGUAGUAUCGAUGUUCUCACGCAAAUUAAUUAAGUAACUUUUGACAAGAUAUUGCCAAGUUUCGAGUAAAUAUUACUAAGUAAGUACGUUACUUCGAAGUUCAUUGCUAACUAACGAAAGUGACGAUUGCACGAUCAACUCUUGUACAAGUGUUGGUGAUUUUUACAUUUUGUAGCCUUUCGAAUAUUAUUCGAUAAAAAAUUAGUACUUUUUUUUACUUUAAUAAAUUUAUUUAUCAACAGUAUUAAAAAUACACGAUCGAUCUACUAUAAAUUAUAAAGAAAAACAAUAUUUUGUCAAAAUAACGAAUUUAAGGAACCACAUUUUCAAAAAAUUUACUUAAUCAUGUAAAAAAGAAAAAAAAUUUUGGCAAAACAUUACUACUGUCCAAAGAUAAUAAAAAUCUCGUAUUUUUAUGUAUUUUUUCCAAUUCCUCCUCCUUUCUCCACAGUUUAAACAAUACAGAUUUAUAACACUCUAUAUCGAGGAUUUACAAACAUAUACAUUGGAGUGGAUUUUAUCCUUCGUUAAAUGGAGAAUGGUUUGCAAACGGUGAUCGGCUGGCGUUUCAUCUACGAGGCACGCGAUUACACCAUUGAUCCAGCGGGACGUAACGAUGAAUUGAUAUUACAAGCGAAUUUUCGAGUCGAGAUCGAAGCGAUCAAGUCACAGAGAAAAUGGAGAGCAACGCGUUACGCGAUUCCAGCGAAAUAAACAGGAUCGUCGUGCGUAAUUAUGGCGAACACCGCCAGUCAACGCAAUCGUUCUUCCCAUUCGCUCCAAUCCUUCGAUAUAUUCGCGUUAUUCUCCAUCGUGUAAUGGAAUUGUCUCAUCCCUUCGAUUGUAACGUUUUAUUUCGACAAAUAAUGGCCACGUUUGUCCACGAUAACGAUAUGAAACCCAAAUAUACAUAUAUUAGCGAUUAAAAGAUCCGUAUGGGGAAAAUGGAAAAUGAAAUCGCGUCUCAAUUAUCAUGCGGUCGUUUUAAACAGAUUGUAAAAAUGCAAUUUGAUAUUAUAUAUGUAUAUAUUAUAUAUAUAUAUAUAUUAUAUAUGUAUAUAUUAUUCCUGUUUGCUCCAUGUUGUAGAUCGUUUAUAUUUGAUUUCAAAUUUACGGAAUAUGAUGUUUCUAGUUGUUAAAAAUAAAAAUAUCGCAUAUCCUUUUUUUAUAGAAAUAAAAUAUAAGAGUUGAUAAGUCACGUUUCAAGUAAUUUUUUAUUAAAGAGUAGUUUUAACGUUGAGCUUAUCCAGGAUUUAAAAUUGUUGUAUCUCGCCUCCUAUCGAAUUUUUCACCGAUCAAGUUUCCCAUUUUACUUUUGACGUAUUAAAUCACCACCUUUCAGCAACUAGAUGACGUAAAAACAGAAAAUCAACAAAAAUGGACUUUAAAUAAAACGUCAGUGAACAACAAGCGAAAUGUACAUAUAUAUUUCAACACGCAUCUAUUCUUCGAAAAAUUUCUGGAGUUUCUAUCGAAUGUAAAUACGGAUAUUUAUAUAUCCUUUGUUUUUAAUUAAAAUAUCAGAACGAGGAAGGGAAGAAUAUAGCGCAGAAGAUGCGACAGAAUUUUGUGAUCGAAAUAUUUUGUCCAAGACACAACGUGAAAAAUUACACCUCGCUCUAAUAUGCAUAAAACGACGCGUCAAGAUUCGUACGUGUGGCUUUCAUUUAUGACAAGCCCUAUUAUGAAAAUUUGACGUACUUGAUACGCGAGGCACAUAUAUUUCAGCCGGCUUUAUCGGUCACAUAUAAAUUCGAUGCUCUAACCCGUCAUUCCGCAUAAGCGACUAUUUAAACGUCACGGUGGACAUCAACGGGCACUGAUUUAUCGAUGGUACUUAAAUUUGACACGCAAUCGCGUGAAUCGGCCCGAACAGAUCAAGAUUAAUCAGUUUUCACGCGUAACAUCCUCGUUCCCCUUUAAAACAUUAAUAACGCCAUCAAGAAAUUGGUCCUCGCGUCAAUUUCCUCGUUAAUCGAUGUUAAAGUGUUAAUCGAUUAGUAGGAUAGAUCGAUCUUGAUGCGUGUCGAAAAAUAAAUUACCUCUUGGGUGUAAAUUACUUUUCGAAAUAUCGAGAAUAUGGAUGGAUUUGAAAUUAUACGCGACUACACGUUGGAAUAGGUUUUAUUAAAGGAAGGAAAAUAAUUCUUUCACUCCUACUCGACAAUUUUUCAUCCUUCACGUCCGAUCGUUGUAAAUAAAAUUUCCCCAUCCGACGGCGAGUCAAAGUUUAAAAAACAUCCAGUAUCUUCUAAAAGGAUCCAUUCCCAAAGUCGUAAAACAAAAAGAGACAUUUGCGAUCUUGCGGAGGAGUUUGUAGCGGUUCGAAGAAAUAAUAAGAUUAUCUUAAAAAUGUAAUUUAGAAGAUAUUAUUCCGACAAAAUUUUAAAAUUUUCUGCGUAUUCGAUACGUUUUAUAUAUUCCUUGGUCUAUCUUCUUCAAUUAUUAUCCUGGUUUAUUUAUUGAGUUAAAAAUAGGUUAAAAAUUUUUAAGAAUAACGAAAUUAUACAUCUCCCUCUACCUGCAAAUUUUCUAAUAUCACGUCCCGAUUUCAUUCCUAAUUCCAUCCCACAAAUUUUUAACACAUUUGUUCCAACAAACUUCUCCCAUUAACAUUCGCAAAUAAAACUUUCAAGAUAGCUCGCCAAGUUAUAUACGCGUACAUUAUUCCCCGCUAUGAGUCGAUAACAGGAAGUCCAAUAAUUCCUCCCAAACGAUACCAAGACUCGGUCGAUUUUUCCUCUGCCUCUUCCAACAACCGUCACGAAUAAACCGCGGAUUAUCAUCCCGUUGAAAAACGUCGCGAGAAUAGAAUAUUGUAUUCUUUCGACGAGCCUGUUGCCCCGGGAAAAAUAGUGGUGGAGGGAUGGCGAGGGGUGUAUAUAGGGGGAUGGGCCAGAGCGCGGAAGUCGACAACAGUACGUAACAGCUGACGCCAUCAACUCCGAGUGGAGGCACCUUCCACGUAUUUCUCUACCCGUGAAACGAGCGCCAUCGUCCUUCGCGGUGCUUGGAUAGUACUUGAAUACAGAGCUUCCGCACUUCAAUCCAUCUGUCUACUCCUGUUAAGAGUUCGACCGUCCUAUUGGUCCCCACACGUUCCGAACACACGCGAGAAUAAGGGUAGAAGAUUAAAACCGGAGCGGAAAAUGAAGUCGUCCUUAAAUCGAUUGGAUUAUGAUUUGGCUUUGGGAUUGGGCGAUUAUAUUUAUGGAAAAUUCUGGAUUCGUUUUAGGGAUUUUUGUCUUAUUUUUUUCUUUGUGCGAGUGAAAAAUGGUAGGGAAAGGAGAUGGAAGUGGUAGAAUUUUGAAAAGCGAAUAUAGAAAUUCUUAGUUUACGUAAUCAAAUUGACAUUUGAUUCAAGUAAUAGGAUAUUUAUAUGAUUAAAAAAUUAUAGGAAUCGUAGACGAUUGUUCAAAAAUUGAUUGAAAAAAUAUUGGAAUUCGUUUACAAAAUCUAAUUCAAUACUGCGCACGGAAAUAAAGAUGAAAAUAAAAAUAAAAAUUUCUAAUAAUCAAUGUAUUCCUUUACUUUUUACAUAUAUAUGUUUGUAAUCAACGAAAACUUUGAAAAAAGGCUAAUUAAUAUUUCACAUGGACCUUAAUUGUUCGUUUUUAUUUGUCGAAAUUUGAUAAAAUCGUCAUAAAAAGCUUGAGCGACGAAAAUGGAGGAUCUGCCUCGAUCCAGGUUUUUAUCUCGCUGCCCUAUUAGUCAAGAAAUCGAUCGAAACGAAAUAACAAACGAGAGAUCCUCGACGGCUGCCGUGGUUUUUUGCCGUCUAGUUUUUCGAACGGCGAUGCAACAACUUCACCCCGCGCAAAAACCAUAACUAAUUCCCAAUGCAAACAAUCCCUUCUUGCUGUUAUUUACCGGGGAUUUCGCGAGCGGGAAAUAACUGCAUUUCGCCUGUUUGCGCAACGAGAAUAUUGCGGUGUUUCUCGGUGAUCGGUCAUUCAUUCGGCGAUACACAUCCGCGUGUUAUUGUAAAAUACCUUUUUAAGCGUGAACAUUCAAUUUCUGUUUUCACCGGGUAUUCAACGUCGGUCGGAUCCACCUGUCUCCGCCGCGUCCUCCACCCCCACGGGCAAACCGCCGCCAUCCCCGUGAAUUAUUAAAUAUCGAUUAUGGGAAAUCGCGGCCUGUUAAUGGAAAAAUGCAAUAUUCAACCACGACAAAGCGACGUAGCCGCGAGUGAAUAAAUUAAUUACAAAUUCGCGAUGACUUCACGCUACGAUGGAUAAUCCGGAAUUGGAACAAGUUUUUCUAUUUUUUUUUUUUUUUGCCCUUAUCUUAUCUCUUUUCCAUCUUUUUCUUUUCUAUCUUUUCACGAAUUUUCGGAAUUUUUAGUUUGUCAAGAUGCCAAUCUCGUUUACUAAGUUGCAGUGGAAUGUUGAUUAUCUGAAUUAAUUAGAAGAUAAAUCCAGUUUAAAUUUGAUAAGACAAAUAUAAAAAUUAAAAAGUUUUCAAAUAUAGAUAUUUAUUUAGAAAGGAAAUUAAUAGUAUUUAGAUACCGUUCCAAAAAUAUUCAAUAGAAUAUUCAAUAGAAGAGGAGAGAGUAUUGAAAGUAAGGCAAAGAUAGGAAGGAAGAAGAGAGUGAUAAAGAAGGAAAUGUUGUUUGAAAUUAUCUCUAUGAUCUCCAAUUAAUCCAAUUAUUCCUAUAUUUUUGUAUCCAUUCUGUAUUAUACAUGUAAUUUAAAUUCAAAUUCGUGAAAAUUGAAAAAUCGAAUCUCUUUCUUUCGAAUUUAAAAUAUAUAUAUAUUGUCUUGUCUUUGUCAUCAGAGAUCAUUCAUUUCUCUCUAAUUAAACGACUUGUCGAUGUGAAAAAUUUCAGAUAGAAAAUUAAGAAAAUUCAAAACACGUUCCCAAACGUGCCCAUCCCGUAAUUUACAUUUCGAACGGUAGCUCGACGUGUGAAUAAUUAAUUAUUAAAUCGAGGGGGCGUUGCGUCAAUGUUCAACGGUCCCGCAUAUCGUUAAACAAUGUUUCGUCAAUAUGGAAAUGCGAUGCGUUUGUUCAAGUUGCCAUAAACGUUGACGAGCCACGCGUCGUUCGAUCAUCGCCACUCGAAAUUAUUUAUUUCACCCUUCUCGCGAUUCCGCGCGAAUUUCUAUUAACCGGCUACAUUUAAUUAACGAACGCGCUCGUCACGCGUUUCGGUAGUGUGGAGAUUUUGCCAAUCAAUGCACGAGUGUACAUAUUUAAUCGAAUACGAAGAUCGAAUACGUAGAAAUGGACGAAGAUAAUCGAAUUUGAUAUAGGGAAUACACCCCCUUCGUUGACUCUUUGACCCUCGUCGAACAAUGAGGUUAUCGAGGUUGAUUUAGACAUUGCGAAAGGGUAGAACAUUAUUAUUUCGUGACGAAUUUCAUUCGUCUUAUUGUACCUCGCGAUUACUUUUUAUUUUCGAAAUGAUGUUGUUUUUAAACACUUCGAUGAACAAUCUUAUUUCUUAAAUCGAAAAAAAAUUCCUCGACCUAUCAUAAAUAAUGCCUCGAACCUUCGGAUGAUGAUGCGAUUUUCGCACCUUCUUGCCAUAUCCUCGCGCAAACACUUCGCCGAGUAACAAACGCAUUAACGUCAUAAAUCAACGUAAAACUGUCGGUGUAACUUUUCGUAAAAUCGAUAUUCCCCUCGUCUACUAAAAUCAUCCGAGCAAAAAGAUUUCAAAACCUUUCCAUCGUGAUCCAUUCAUCGAGAUAUUCGGUUUUUUUUGAACUCGAUUUUCCGGGUCAACAAAACGUUCUUCCGACUCUUAGAUGGCGUACAGACUGGACGUAAUAAAAUAAUAAGGUCGAUCGGUGUUGUAAACGUCCGUGGCUAAAGUGAUUUAACCAUUUCAUUGGGUCAUAGAGAGUACGGAUGCGGGAUACAUAAACGAGAGAUUGUCCGUUCGUGUUGCCCUCUGCAUUUCUGGUUUCUUUGCCGCGCUUUUACUGCAAUCCAUCCGUAAAUCCGGGGUCCACACACACGGAACGCGCACGGGGUCUACACACAUGAUUCCAAGUCUUUCGUGGUUUAUUCUCUCAUUCGAGAUCUCACGGACGUAAAAUGUGCUUUAUUUUUACGCCGGAUUUGAUGUCGUCGACUUUUCGAACUGAUCCUGGUCGCGGAUUCUUCUUGUGUCAAUAACCAACGAACCUUUCGCGAGAUUACUGGAUUCGCUGCUUAUCUCUUCAGUCCAUGGCAGCAGACGUGGCUGAGUUGUUAAUUUUAGAGGACGAAUGUGGUGCGAGUGUGGCUUUUUGAGAAAUAUCCAGGGGGAUGAUUGGAAGAGGUGGUUCGUGGAAUGGUUUUCAAAAUCGGGUUUAUCUGUGUUUUCUGGUUCAACAUAUGAGGGCUCGUUUGAUUGUGCGGAAGAGGAGGAGAUAAAAUGUGAAAUUUCAUUUCAUUGUCUUGUGGGGAUUGGGUGAGAUUAAGCGUUACGGUUAUGUUGUACUUUGGGAUAUUAAGGAUAGGCAUUAAUUUAAUUUUUUGUUUUUUUUAAAAUAUAUUCUGUGCUAGUUUUUAAAUAUUACGAAUUUGAAUGUUAAUGUAUAUUUGAUAUAUUUAAAUUAUACGAGAGAUACGAUGAAUUAUUUUUCGGCGAAUUUCUUCUAAUAUUUUUGUCACGAACGAUAAAACAACAUAUUGAAUUCAACUGAAAUAGCGAUCGUAGGAAGUAAAAUUUAAGGACGUAUGUUCACACUUAUCACAGUUAUAUCUUUUACAGAAUAACAAUACAUUGCUCAAUUUUAUUUGCUCAUUAAUUUUUUAGAUUAGGAGAUAUAAAUUUAUCUUUAUUUAUCUAUCUACAAACUUCCUUCUUAAACGUAUCUCGGAAAUGAUUCCAUCAAAUCAAUAACUAAUAUCCAUUUCCCUGAUUCGAGAAGAGAAAAGAAUAAAAUAAGAUCCUCAUUCUCUCUCGAGCUUACUCUAGAACACCACUAACCCAGAUUAAUACCUACCUCAAUCUUUCAAAUCACCGAAAGAUCGAUAACUCCUCUCUUUUAUUCCGCUCUCAAAUCUUCCAUUUCCGCGUCCGGGAAAAAAAUUGAACUCCGGUUUACUUAUCAUUUAUCGAGGCGAUAUCACGUUCAAACGAUCCCAAGUUUAUCGUAACGUUACACGAUGGAAUUAGAGAGAAAGAAAGAAAGAAAGAAAGAAAGAAAGAGAGAGAAAGAGAGAGAGAGAGAGAGAACCGAAAGGAAACGCGACACCCUGGAUCACAGCGAAAUCGAGGACCCUUUUGCCUUUUAAUUCCUGGCCCUGGCAACUUCCGGACGAUUUGAGAGCUCAGCGUGGAGAAAAAUCGCCAGAUAAGCGGUCAGAUUACCGGGGAAUGGGCGUUAUCGUUCGAUCGAAGUGGGUGGAACAACUUCAACGAGCUCUUCCAGUCCGUAACGCGACGUCCUGCCUCUGAUUGAGUCUGUUUCAUGAAAAGGCAAGGGCAAAAAGCGUUUCCUGAUUAUGCUCCCUAUCGGCCCGCUCCAAUUGCCACUAACUUUCUCUUCCGUGCGACGGACAAAAAUCUAGGAACGAUUCCUUCCGCUUGGAUUAACCCAUCUGAGACUAAUGGUUGCGUUAACGGUUCCCUCCGUGAUUAUUCUUUUAAAUUAAUUCGCUUUAUUCAAAUUUAUUUCUUUAUUUCGAGAUAAUAAUACAUCCUUUUCUCCUUCUUCUUUUUUUCCAGAAUUCUUUUUCACAAUUGUUAAUUAUUUCUUCUUUUUUUUCAUACAUUCGUGUAAGUUGUACAUUUUCGAGAAUCACGCUUAAUAUCUCUUCUUAUCGGAUCGGUUUCGUUGAGCUUUUUAUACGACGAUUACCAUAGACAAAGGACAAUAAAAACUCGAGAUAUAACCUUCAAUUUCUAUUCAUUAUCGAUUUACGAUUUUUCAUCAAGGAAAUCGAUCUUCGAAGAAAACAAAAUUGAAAAAUCCGAUCCGAUUUCGUUUUUAAAUUAUAAAAAAAAAGAAGAAAACCGAGGUGAAAGUGGCGAAAAAUUGUGCGAGGCGAGCACAAUCGAGCAGAGAAAUAAAUCGAAAAAUAAAGACGCACCAGUUAGCACCAUCUACGUGAAGAGCGACAGGGGGAGGGGGAGAAAAAAACCGUUGUGAAGAAAUCGUUCUGUUUAUUCUGAAGACGGAGGAUAGUGGGAACGGGGAGGGGGUUGAUCCAAGAAGGAAGAGAGGUUUCUUAAGAGGAAUCGUACAAAGACGAUGAAGACGUCAACCCUCUUUUCCAACGAGCACCGAUGCUUAAUCGAGCAGAUAAAUCGCGCUGAGGUGCACGUCGCGAGACGACUCUCCUCGGGAUAAGGGUCCUCCUCCGUCGAACACGAGAGGGUGAGAGGUAAGAAAGGACGGAGGCAAGGUAAAGGGGAAGCCUUAUGCCGAUGCAAAAAUAUUUGUUUACUGGAAUCUGUGGCGCAAUAACGGAAGAAUUUCGUUUACGCGGGUGCAGGAGGAGAUAUCGUAAAAGUAAGAGACGACGUAUCUGCCUUCCUUUGAUAUCGAUAUUCGCGUCGGAGGAUCGUUCGUUUCAGGGAGGAGAAGAAGGAAGAAGAAGAAGGGGAGAGGAGAGUUUUUGUUCGGCCGUGACUCGUACGCUGGCUUCGAAUAUUCUUCUUCCAAACCUCGCCUCUCUUCUUUCCUCGAAUGUAAAUAGGAUGUGGAUAUACACCGUUGCCUCCGUUUCUUCUUUGUUUCUCUGUCGUUUUCGUUACAUUGCCGCUGGGAACGGAAACACGAUUUAUAGGAUGGGAAAAAGAGUUUACGCGGGUAAUGAUGGAUAAAGGAGACUUUCUGUUCUGGUUCGAACUACCGAAUUUGUCGAUGUAAAGAAUUUUAGAUUCCUUGGUUCUGCUUUUUGGAAAUAGAUUUUAGAAAAAAUACGUACGAAAUUGUUAACGAAAUUUUCAUAUCGCGUCUCGAAACGAUUCUUUUUGCAAAUAGAUUUAUUUAUAAGAUAUAACCUCUUACAUAGGGUAUUUGAUAUAGAUAUCUAAAAUUGGUUUCAUUUCUUGAAAAUUCUUGAAAGAAAAUAGUGGUUGAAAAUAUUUUUCGUGAAUUUUUAAUGCCAAAUGUCAAUACUUUUUUUCUUAUUACGUUGAAUUAUACAUCAUAUCUAUUCCUUAAAUAGAUAAUUAGAAUUGACAGUAUCUUUCACGUCGUCUCUUGAAAAAUUAUUAAACGAAAAUAAUGGAACAGUAUUGAUAUAAUUUUGUAUAGAAAUUUUCUCCUUGAAUAUUAUUAAGCUAUUCUAAUAUAGAUCGAAUGACAUCACUUAUCUUGAAAAAUCUGAAACAAAUUCUUCAUUAAAAAUUCGAUAUCAAUACAUGCAUAUUUCAAAAUUAAAUAAUUACUACGUACAUCAUCUUCAUCUCUCGAACAAUGGUCGAAAAAUCAAAGGAUUAACAAAAUCCUCUAUUUCAUCCCUUAAAAAAAUCGUCGAAAGCAGUCGGGAAGCAGCAAUCGCGCUCGGCGAAUUGAAAAUUGAAUAUCAAAACAAUGCCUAACCCUUUGAAGGGUCAACACAGGCAGUCAGAGUCAAUAGAAACGUCCCGUUUCAUCCCUUUGUAAAUUCAUCGAAGAUGGACGAAGAGAAGAAGGCCGUCGUCGAACACAACCGAAAAUAUUCCGCGUGAAAUUUUCAUUCCCGCUUACGCUCGUGAUUUUAAUUACGCAAACACUGGCCGUGGAAAAUUUAUGUAGAAAUAUUCAUCGUCGGUGUACGCCCUUCCCCCGCCCCUUUCUCCCUCCUCUCUCUUUUCUCUCUUUCCCUCCCUCACGGAGGAAGUGGUCCGAUGUAGUAGUCCGCUGCGCGCGACGGUGUAAUUGGAGUUCGAAAGUUUGGAUUCAUUAGUGCCGAAGCGGUCUUAUCUCGAAGAUCUAAUUCGUGAUACUCUUCGGGGAUAGGCCGAGAGGCCGCCUGUUACUUUCAAGGACUUUGGAAGAAUCCCUCGUUCGCCUUCGACUCGCGUACGUGGCCCGAUUCCUCGAACGAUUUCUCGAGCAGCGGGCGAUGCCGUUCGAAAAAUUCCUAGCUAUAUUCGUUAGCUGCGUCAACUGUCGGGGGCUGUUAGACGUUUGUUGAAGGGUUUCUAGGCUUACUCGAAUCAGCGAAACGCGUGAAUAUUCAUGGGUGGAAAUGAGGGUAAUAGGAAGAAUAAUGCGUUUCUUUCUCGAUGCGGUUGGUUCACGAUGGUGGAUCGUUUCAACGAUGUCAAUAAUGGGCCGGGCUUAAUGAUCCGAAUCGUAAAUUUCCAAUUUAUUCCGGAAACUUAUUUUUCACGGAUUUCAUUUUAUUUUUGGGAUCAACGAUUAACAUUUUCCAACGUGUAAUAUAAGAAAGAUACGACGACAAGGCAUAACGUGUUUAAUGAGAUCAAUUUCCGUUUUAUUAUAUCAAAUGCAAGUCGUUACCUAAACAAAAGUAUUUAAUUUUGUUUACAAGCCGUAGAAUCUCAAAGAGCCGCCGCUUAAAAAGAGAUGCGCUCAAUUUACGCGGCAAAUUCCUUAGAAAUCCGCCAAUUACACCGCGAACAAAGGACGUUUACGUGAGUAAUUCCGUUGCCGUUCAACGGGUCGGACUAAUUACUUGUUCCUCACCGAGCAACGAACGUAUAAUUCUCCCGCGGAACGACAGCCCUGCAGAUUGGAAACUCCUUGAAUCAGGCGAAACGAUUCCGGUUGGCACGCGCUCGCUGCGCGACCACGCAAAAUGGAUUAGUUUCAGCAAAUACAGAAACGGUAGAGGGAGGAGCGUGUUUCGUGGCCGUUACGACUAAUUUACACGCUGUUCCAACGUUAAGGGAAUCCGACACCGUCUCAAACUUGAACGGAUCCCGACGAUUUCUAUCGGUUGAUCGCCAAUGUGGAAACGAUGAAAACAGGUUAUUGAGGAAAUUAGUUGGAAGAUUCGGAAUUCUGUGGCUGACAAUGAGUAAUAUUGUCGAUACUCGAAAAAUUCUGAAGUUGAAUUUUAGAUGGAUUUCUUUCUCGAUUGGAAUUUGAAUUUUCAGAUGAACGCGAUGGAUAUAUGAACGAUGUUCGAAGAUGUUUUGUUGAACUUUGUGAGAAUUAUAAAGAUUAUUAUGCAGGGACUGAACGAUAAAAUCGUUUAAACCGUCAUGAAGUUGUACAAGUGAAAAUUAUAUUGGACGAUGAAAAAUUCUAAAUUGAAUUUGAUUAUUAAAUUUCCUUUUGAAGCAUCGAAAUAUAAUACGUGACGUGUAAGGGUUGAAUAGCAGUGUUUUAUACUUCUUUUAAUUGUAGCUUAUAUGUGUGUACAAAGGGAUUCUUGUUGCAAUUGUUCCUUUGACAGCAUAAUGGAUUAAUUAAGGUAUACGAGAAUCACAGAGAGAAUAGUACGUAACAACAAAGAAGAAAAAUUUGAAAAUUAAUAUCCAUUAUCUAUUCAACUUUUUUCUACACAGAAAUAUCACGUCCUCUUGUUAUCCUAAUAAUAUGGAGAGUUCUUUGUAAAAUAUUAUGUUGCAAAAGAGGAGAGAAGAUUAUUAUUUGAAAAUCUUUAUAUGCUUGUUAUUAGAUGAUUUUGAAAAAAAAGUGGAAAAUCUUGCAACGAAAAAAUAAGAUGUUUUUAUUAGAAGAACGAAGCGUUUCUUUAUUUUUCCACUUAUAUACUUUAUAUCGUCUGGUCAAUCGCGAACAUGAGCUGACAAGCGUUUAAGAACUAAGCGCGCCUGUGUUAAGUCGAUAUUCCAUUAUAAUCCGUAUCCAAUCACUUUGAGUAGAUUAUCGAUAGCAGGAAGAGGUUUGCGUCUUGUUUCCUGAUAUACCUUUCUGCUUUUCAGCUUGUCAUCGAUCUUCGGUAAAUAAAUGGCAAUCAAUUUCUUUACUAUGAUUGAUAAAACAAAGUGCGGAACACCGUUUCACGUCGCUCAAUUUUAAUUUCCAUCCGGUUAUUAAACCGAAUCACGAUCAAAACUAUUGAAUUCGAAUGCUUUCAUUUUAAUUCCGAUCGUUAAAUAUCGACUUUCGUCUCGAUCAAUUAACUAUAAUAUUAAUCGUAAUAUUUUAUCGAUCGAUUAAAGAUAUAAACAAAGCUCUCGUACAAAAGAACUUCUUAACGAUGCAGAGAGUAUACUAAUUUCCAAAGCGAAAUUGAAGCCGAGAUAAACCACGUUAAAGAAAUAAUAAUUUAUUAAUUCGGCAAAAAUCUUUGAUGCGUUGAAACUUAUCGUCGAGUGAACGGAAACGAUCGUUGAUCUCCCCGAAAAAUUUCUCGGAAGAAGAUCGAAGAACGUUCGUGAAUUUCGUUGGCCAGAUAUCGGAUAGAGAGAUUCUUUUUGCGAGGGUUUGGAAUCGCGAUUCGUGCAACCGGAGAUUGGUCCCACUCUCGGCUGACCCUAAUCGGACCAACCCACUGCCAAGUCUGACUAGAACUGGGCGUAACCACUGUGAGCAAUCCAGUUAUUCGCAGCGUUCACCGGGCUCCUGUCUCUUCUCUUUUUAUUGCCGACGCUUUGGAUGUGUCGCGACAAGAGUUUCGGUUCUCGAGACCGUUGACGGACAUAUUCGCCGUCGAUUCUUUGGAAAAUCGUUGGCCAAUCGAACUGAUGGAAAAUCUUUCGAAAGGCGGACAAUGAUUUCGUGAAAAAUAAAACUUGGAGAUAGAUAGAAACUCUCGAGCUAUUAUUUAUAUAGAGAAUGGAUAGUAAUUUGAUUUUUUCAUGUUGCUUUUUAUGAUUACGAGGAAAAACGAUCGAUUUUAACAUGUAACAAAUUCAACGAAUUGCUUUCUUGCGAAAUUUUAUUUAAAAAAAAAUAUGAUUCGGAGUCUUUGUUGCGAGAAGCGUGAUAUGAUAAAAAUCGAUCGAUUCAUAUGAGAUAAAAAUUCGAAUAAAUUAAAUAAUUUACGUGCUCGCAAUUGUAAACAUGCAUCGAGGGAACGAAUUAUAAACGAAGGAAGAUGGAUUAUUUUCUGUUUGAGAAAGAAAAACAUUUGCUCGCCACUCGGCACUCGGGCAUCGAGGAUCGUUUUACGGCGGGAAAUUCGAACUGCGCCUCCGCUAUAUCGGAUUGACUUCUGGGGUGGAACAGGGUGGUUUCCGGUUACACAUCGGACAAGUGAUGGAUAGGGAAUAAAUGGGGGAAUAUCGGGUGGAAAUAUUAGAGAUAUUAAAAAGGAGAGCCGCCCCUACUCGUCAUCCGCGCCGGCAUCCUUUUAGAGGCGUAUCUCCCCUCCGACGUAUCCGUCAUCUCGACAGAUUGAAAUCCGACGCCACCAAAUUAUUCUUAUCGAGCGAAAUCCGCCGGCGUGCUUUCUCCUUUUCACGAGCCUCUGUUGAGAUUUUCCCCGAUUCCCCUUGAAUGGAAAUAUCUUCGUUUAUUUUUCACUUCUCGCCGUUAGAAUUAAAAAUAAUCAAUUACGGAAGAUUGAUGAGGAAAUUGAUGAGGAAUCGAAGUAAGUAAGUAAGUAAGUAAGUAGUAUUUUUCAAUAUUUCAUUUCGAUAUUCAUUAUCGAUAAAGUAUUUGAAAUAUUCGAAAUAAAAUCUUAAAAAUUCCCAAUACGAGAAAUUAAAAAAAUAAACUUUAAUCAUAAAGAUUCGCGAAAAAUUUCUACAAGGAGAUAAUUUUACAUAAAUAUUUACGAAUAAACUUUGAGCAAACACGUUGAAAGGGGUAGGAUCGGGAUGUGAAAAUUAAAUUCCCAACGGAGCUGUUUAAACUCGUUUUCCACGACUUUCUAUUUUUCCAGGAAGCGGAAAAAAUGGUUUCGAGUUAGGCGGAAAUAUUGUUUGUUCGUUUGGCUAAAUAAAAUUAAUCCACUGUCUCGGUCACUUAUACGUGGGGAAGGGGGAGCAAGGGGAGGGGUGUGCAUUGGAUGCACAAGAAGUCGGAAGGGGAAAACGAGUAGAAGUUUCUUGGCGGCGCGGCGCGUUAGAUAAUCCGGAAACGUGUUUGACUUUUAAAAUUUAUGAAACUCGACUGACUAGAUUAGACUCCUAAGCAAGUUUGCGGUUUUCAUAUCUAACUUUCGUUGCUGUUUACGCACAGUGACUGUUUAAACUUCUCUCUCCCCCCCUCCAUUCCCUUCCAUCUCUCCUCCCCCUCUUCAUCUCCACCUUCCUCCACCUGUUCCGCGUAAGUGAGCAAAGGUCUCUAUUAACAAAGUUUUAAUCGAAUUCAUCACAAUGCGCCGUUUCGUUUAAUACAGAAUUCGCCCGGUCGGUAAGCUGUCGCUCUUCCGCUUCCCGAUGACAAACAAUUAUUUUCCCCACCUUAUUUUCUAUGUAAUGAAAAUACAGUUUAAUCCUGUAAACUUUGUUUCUCCGUUUAAAAUAUUAAAACUUGGAUGAAAUUGUUUAAACAAUGCGAUAUUUCUCCUUCUACCGUUCAAUCGUAGAAUAAAAUUUUGUUUUUCGUUCUGGAAAAACCGGUUCUGGAAAACUGGAUUGAGCUUAAAACUCGAUUAAAAUUGGGAAAAACUUUCGAACUUUUACAACUUCGAAGACAAUGAUUUCAGGUGAAUGAAGGAUCGUUGGAAGCGCAAAAUUUUGCUCUUUAAAAUAUUUCUUCGUUGAUCUCGAUACGACUUCCGGUUCUCGAGAUAUCGCUCAAAGAAAGAGCUAAUUUUCAAUCGUUCACUGUCUCCACUUCUCAUCAUCAUUAUUCGAAUCUCUCGCAUCUCGUCUAAUCGAUCUAUCCCAAACUUGAGACAAAUACGAUUCCUGGAAAAACCAGAGGUCUUCAGAAAAAAUAUAGGUCACUGGAUGCAUUCAUUAUCUCCUCAAACGUUUAACAAAAUUUUUUAUUUUCUUCUCUUCUUUUCUUUUCCUUUCUUUCACACGUACAAUUAACAUAGAAUUAGAAAUGUAGAAUUAUUUCAACGCAAUCAUUAUUAUCCUCUCUAUUUUGCACCAUCUUAUCCACGAUAUACAUCCACCAUGUAAAAAAGGGAAUCCAGUUACGCGUAUAAUAAAAGUUUUCCGCUCAAUCAAUGAACGAUAAUUAAACUUCAUUAAAAAAAAAAAAGAAAAAGUGUAGAGAGUACAAAGGGAAACAGAGAACGAGAGAGAGAGAGAGAGAGAGAGAGGGUACCAAUGUAGAAGGAUUUGUUGAAUGGGCUGCGAAGAGAAAAGAAGAUUACAUGAUUUCACUGGAGCCAAUAUCUGCCGGUGUCGGGAAUCGAGGACGCCCAACUAUAAUCAGAAUCAAUCGUCCCGUUAACGAGGUAGUAAUUCUUCCCCCUUCGAACUCGAGAGAGGUGAACGGAAAAAGCGAGAAAAGUAUGGAUAAAAGUGUUCACUCCCUUCGAUACUAUUCUUCCUGACGCCGGUUACGUCUGCUCCAACCUGUUCGUUCGUUCGGGAGGUGGUGGAUGCGACCAUGUAAGAAACAACGUAAAUUGUUAAGGCCAGGCCCUGCCUAGUUGUAAAUUAGAAAGCAGGCAAUCUCGCUCGACUUGGCUGUUUCCCACUUCUUCUCCCUUCUCUUUUUCUUUCCCUCUCUUUCUCUUCCACUUUUUCCUCCCUCACCACUCGAUUGUACACGGUUCCACCCUCUGUCGUUUCAUCGUGUGCACGAGGGUUUAGUGGAGGGCUAUAAAAAAAGAGAGAGAGAGAGAGAGAGGGAAGGUCUUAGAAAUCCGGCCGAAAUUAAGCCGAAACUUACGGGCCGAAUCCCGUGCAACCGACACAGCAUCGUUCGAGCAUCUGCUCCCUUGUCCCGCCAUUAAUUAACUCGUUUUCUGACCCUUUACGAGCCGUUUGAUAUCCGCUUUCGAGUAAUAAAAUUCGUCAAGGGAUUUUGUUGUUCUGUAAAAUGGAGAUGUCAAGAUUGUGACGAUGUGAAUUUUGAGGAAAUUUUCGCCGUGAUGAUUGUGGGUAUUUAACAAAAGUAUUUCUAGAUUUUUCCGAAAAUUUUAUAUUGUAUUCAAAAUUCUUGGAUUUGCGGAAUUGCCGCUCGAAAAAUCUUAACGUUAAUUGAAGAGAAUAAGUAAUGAGCAAAUCUUAUUAAAACGAUCUAAUUAUCUCGUUUUUCAUGCAGCAAGCAAAGAUUCUGUCGCGUAGCACAGAAAACUGGUUGGAUUUCCAAAAGAGGAUCGGAAUAUUUUAAGGGUGGUCAAGAAUCGACUUCCGCCAAAUAUACAUUCUCUGAUUCCCUGAUAAAUUCUUAAACAGCGGACAAGCGUGAAAAACACUAAUUAUUUCGCAAUCUCAACGCUCACCUCAUUUCGCGGAUAGUGUUGCAUUAAGAAAAUUAAUUUUUUUUUUUUCUAAAGGAGGAUAACGCGCGACCGUGUUCUUGGAAAAUUGAUUCGAGAUGCUGCGCGCGGCCUGUCUCCAGCAAUCGGUUAUAAACUGGAGAUUAUGCCAUUAACGAAAUUAAUAAAUGAAAAUGAAAUCACACGUGUCACACUCCAUUAGCAAAAUGAAUUCGCCUCGAAGGAUGCAUGAAGUUCUUUGCAUGAGCCGAGUAUAAGAAAUUCAUUUUGAAUCGUUGAAAUUACGUGUUUGAUUUGAUUUAGAUAGUUUUAAGAAUUCUUAUCGAAGAGAAAAGUCUGUAAAUAUACGUGUAAUCUUUCGAGAUAGAGUUAUUUAAUAGUUGGAGAUAAAAGUUUGAUAAAUUAGAAUAAUUGUUCGCGUCUUUAAGAAGAUCUAAGUUUCAGAUUGAUCCAAGAAAAUGAGUUUGGACGAAAAAUUUAUUAUUGGAGAAGGAAGAAGAGUGAAACGUACAUUUACAUUUAUAUUAUAAUUAUAAAUUUUACAUAUACGUAGUAUUAUUUGUUGGAAUUUAUUUAAUUAAACAUAGUCGUGUUCGGUAUCAUUUUUAUUGCAAAAAGUUCAAUAAUUCGAUAAUGACAAUUUUAUAAUUGUAAGUUAAAAAACUAUAAAAAUUUAACUUUUCGAUUCUGAUGAGUAAUCGGUAACGGAUGAUAUCGAUGAUAAAUGAUACACAGAUAGCACGGAUGCUUGCUCAAUGAAAACAGUUCUAAGAAUUAAACGAAGGAGAUAACUUUAUCUCUCUCAUCCUCCUAUCGUUUACAAAUGUCUAUAUAAAUCGAUUGUAUUCGAUGUAAUCGAUCGAAUUCAACGUAAACACUUUGAAACGAACUUUCUUAUCGAAAUUAGAUUUCUAACUACUGUUUAUUUUAAAAUAAACAGACAUUUUAUAAUUAGAAAAUUUCGUUAAGUCCCCUCCUCUCUCCUUUUGAAAAAUAUAUCCAGAAUCAUAAUUUAAUCCAAGUUAAUCAAUUGCAAGGAGACAAUAUAUUCCAUCUAACGAUUAUUAGAUACGACGAAGUGGCGUAAUAGAGUCUUCGUAAUAAAUUUUACGUAAUUACUUCGUGUGCAGGCUCUCUCCCUUCUUUUUUCUCCACCAUCGACUUCGUAGAUGCGGAACUGUAGAUAGUCGAUAUUCGAUUUGCUCGUACUUUAACUGCGAGGCAAAUUUAAAGAACGAAAGCUUGGAAAUUUUUCUUGAAAGUUAAUGAUGAUAAAUAUAUAAUAUGUUUACGAUAUAAAAUAAUUAAACACGUACAUUAGUUUAUUUUUUUCUAUAUAUAUAUAUGAUUGUAUAUACGAUAAUGAAAAUAAGAUCAUCGAUGUUUACACAAUUAUAAAAAUAGAAUUUAAACAAUGAUUUUCGUUCUUUAAAUGUCAUGUUGAUCGUUUUAUUUUUUAGCAUAUUUUUAAAUAUCUGUAGUCUGAUGACAAUUCUUAUGCAAAAAUGAGACGUUUGUUGAACCGAACGUUGUUGAACUUAUUUCGCUAGAUUUAUCGAGGCGAGUGUCUUACAGCCAUCUGAACGUUCAACUCCGCAUUUCAAUCCACGGUGCUAUUAAGAAGAUGAAAUUUGCAAUUCAGAUAGGUAAGAAAUGCUGCCACUUCUCACGGCCGGAUUGACGUUUGCCACUUUUCCGAUGAAGAAAUCGAGAUACACUUCGGAGUAUCUAAAACUCUUUCCUUGCGGGAGAACAAAAAUUAUGUGUUUCUGAUGUUCUCUCUCGUUUAAUCGAAAUAUAGGAAAUUAUAAAUCUUAUAAUCAAAAUUCACUUAUAUUAUUCAACUUUUCGAUUAAAUUUUUUUAAUUAGGAAAAGUUUCUUUGGAAAACCAUAAGUAAUAUUCCUUUCUUCUAUAAUUUCAAAAUUCCAAAAAUUCGAAAGUUCGCCUAUCCCAAAAUUCAUCGAAUUCUGUAUUUCCACGAAUAAUAUCAAAUAUCAAAUUCAAAAGACGCAAAGCAAAAAACUCUCAUUCAUAACUUCGCAGCCUAUCAAAAGUUAAUUAUCGAUGAUUUUUACUACUUUUCUCCCCUUUUACAUAUAUAUUCGUUCACUUUUUAUUUAAUUUCAACGCUCAUUUUAUAAUAAUCCUACCAUUCUUUUCCUACAAUUUCCUAACAUCUUUGAUUCCCUUCCGAUAGAAUUUCAAACUGUCCGAAUUCAUUUUCCAUCCGAAGAAUUCGAUCGGAUCGCAAUACUCGUUGCAACAAUCAUUGGACGCAGAAAAUAGCAAAGAAUGGAAGAAUUUGUUUGAAAUCAAGAUUAACACCGAGUCAUCGUCCCCUCGUAUUUCAAGUUUCUCGAUCAAACAAAUUCAUUUCAAACUUCGAUCAUCAUCCUCACCCUCCUUCUCGAAAGAACAAACCCCCGUUGACCACCCCUUGCUCCAUGAUCGGUAGCGUUCAACAACGCCCCUAACGAAAUCGGUAUGCGGGCAUCGGUGGCCGAAUAAUUUUCUAUCAUCCGGGAGGGAAUGUAUUGCCGUCGCAGGGACGAUUCCCUUCCGCGUUCCGAUCGAAAUAUGCGCGGCACGUUCCUGCAAGGUAAACUCGAAAGGUACGGGGGUGGCGGUGGUAUUUGUCAAGACUCGGCAGACGUGCCCGUCGGUAUCCACCGGUCGGAGAUAUUAUUCAAGAUAUAGGGGAGCAUCGGGGAGCACGGCCGACAAGGAAAAUGCCCAGUUGGACAGUUGGACAGUUGGGGGGAGCUUGCGCCGUCCUUGUCCCUUAUCCUUGAAUCGUCCUUGUUCGGGUGACGAGCGGAAACGGAGGAGGAUCGACUCGUGCUUCCGCCGUCACGUCGAGUUUCCACGGUGUCGGUGGGAUGUCUCUAUCGAGUUACGAGGCUUUGUUUUUGGGUCGAGCGAGUGGCCCAUCGCCACUCGGAACGUCCCGCCGGACUUUCUUUGACCCCCUUUGACGUCGUUUCCGGGCCUUCGGCCGAUAAGCAUGAUAGCCGGGGCAAAAUUGAUUUUCCCCAAACAUUUGGUGGACGGAGAGGAAAGUUUCCUCUCCAUCUCCUCACGAGGCAACCAAGAUGCCCUCGUAAUAAUAAUAAUACUUUGUCCAUGUGGAAAUCGAUUUCCUUGCCCGGCUUUACGCGGCGAACCGACCCGCCAAUCAGAGUUUAUUCGAGUUGGUUCGAAUCGCGAAGAUUGUUACCACGACUUUUUCUCGGUGUCGAGAAUGGAUAAUUGUGGAAAUAGGCGUUGAUCGAAUUUCGUUCGAUGUUCCUUUUGCGAAUUAUUUUAUAAGAAAUUUUAUUCCGUCGCAAAUUAUUAGUGUUGUUGAGUGCAAAUACACAUUUAUUGGAUUCGAUGGAUAACUAAUCGAAGGAUGAAAAUCUGUAAAUAAUAAACGUGAGGUAUAUUUUGACGAGACUCUUUUCCUCCUUAAAGUUUCAAUUUUCUGUUUCAUCUACGAUGAUUCGAUUAAUGGAUAUAGAUAAAAAUUCUCUUAGGUAGAUACGUUCCAGGAUUGGUCGAGGAGGUGAUUUAAUAAAAUAAAAAAAAAAAAGAAAGGAAAGGAAGGAAAAUGAUGGAAAAACUGCAACGAUUCUACUGGUGAACGUGAUGGCAGUUAGUAUUGGCUGAAAAUCGUUCGUGAUUGGAAUCACGGCCAAUUCUAUCAAAGCACUCUUGCAUCGCUGCACGAUUCGUGUUUCCAGUAAAAACAAGCAUAGUUACAAAAAACGCAACGCAAGGAAUAUCGAUGCAUCGAAAUCACUUCACUUUCGAAGCGAAGGGCUCGGGAUCUUUUUCAAUUAUUACCCUCGGAGAAUCGACGAGAAUUAAUCGAAUCGAUCGAAUCUUUUUCUCUUCAUUCGCGCGCAAAACAUUCUUUAUCUCGUCUGUUGUGAUAUGAUAUUAAGCGGAAUCCAAUUAACUUUAAAAUCCAGUCGAAUAUUCUUUUUUUUGUAUAAUCGACGAAUUACGAAUUCGAUUUAACACCUUCUUCCUUUUCCUCGGGUGUUCAUCUUUUCUUCCGAAUUUUCACAGCAGAGAGAGAGGAGGAGUUUUUUCUCAGGCCAAGAAAUUCGAUUAGGCGUCGUUCAUUGUGUAAAGGUUACUACGGGGAAAGCAUUGCCGGCUCGUUUCAGCGAAAUUCUUUCCAACCCUCUUUCGCUCUUCUCCUCUCGGUUUUAGGGAGAAGGAAGCCAGCUUCGAACCCCAACCGGGCAACCUAUAACGAGGAAGAAAGCUUUCUUUAUCUGGGUUGCAAAAUCGAAUUGUCGUCCUUUCGUCUCGCGAGCUCUUCCUCGCAGAUUCUCCUCGCACCUCCAUUCUCGCUUCCAGUUCGAGAAAACAUUUCAUCCGAAUGGUCCGACCAUCUUCCUCUCUCGCACCCUUUUUCUCUCUUUCACUCUUAUCCCCUAUUCAACCAACACGCACAAGUUAAGGAGUCGUUGAUGAAGCGAAUCGGAUAUUCCUUGGAGAAAAUAAUCCGGCAGGAAUUCAAUGUGGGAGAACUCUGGCUGAAAACUCCCGGUUGAUAUUGUUAAUUCGUGAUAUGAGAAAAUCCAUUCGGGCUUUAGCCAAACUUGCUGUAUUUAAUUUGCAUCCAGUCGCUGUCAAUUGUCAGGCCGGAAGUGGGGAAAGUUGGAAGGAUAAUUGGUUGUUGAGCAGCGCACGGCUACGGUGGAUUAUUCGGCGGAUAAAGUUUUGGAAAAGAAUGACGUGUUUCCAAGCUUGGCGAAGCUUUCCACGUUGUUACUUUAAUCAUAACCUUAUUUUACUCGGAAUAUUAUAGCAUUGCUAUCCUCGUUUGCCGAUCUUUUUUGUACAAUUUUUAAUUCGAUUUCGUGGCACGACUAUAUCCCUUAAUCAUUUUACGAGUAAGAAUUCUUUUAUACGCGAAUAUCCAUAUAAGUUUAAUUUUAUUAUAAAAAUUCUAAUCUCGCAACUCUUUGUAAUUUACUUUAAUUUAAUCUUUCGUAAUAUUACGUUUUACGUUACCUCCCUUCCCUGUAAAAGAUAACUUUAUCCCCCUUACCGCUCUUAAUAAUCAUCCCUUUUACCCAUCAAUUUUACAAUUUCCCUUGUUAAAAAAUUCCACCUAGUACCGUAGUUCCAACGCACGUGUUAAUUUUCUUUUUUUCAAAAAAAAAAGAAAAAAGAGAGAGAGAGAGAACUCUCUCAUCAUGGAAAUUAACUUCGACUCGAGAUUAAAAAUCUUUGUCGAAAAAUAAAAUAUUAAAAAAAAUAUUCGCCGCCAAGCGAAUUGAAAAAUCUCAAUUCGAACUCGCCCCGAUCCCCCUCCCCCCUUCUUCUCCCAUUUUAUCUCUCGGCCAUCUAUUUUAAACGUCUUCGAACGAACGAUAUCCCCGACGGUGACGAAGCUCUGUUACCGCGUUAUUAGCGCGGCAAAGAGAGAAAAGGGUUGGAAACCGAUGGCAUGUCUCUCGACCGACCUGUGAAUAGCGGGGAGAGAAAGGGUCGAAGGCAACUUAAAACAACGGGUAACAAGAAGUAGCGAGUGAUAAUUGAAGGAGGCAAGUGUGCCGCGGACCAUGGCGGAAAGGUGGAGAACGCCGAUGCGGAUCUACCUGACCGGAAUUCGGAAACAGUGACGAUGGAAGGUGGGAGGGCCGAGUAAUUCCGGCGACUUCGAUUAUGGAAGAUGGUUCCUCUUCUGGACCGAUCGAGCUAGAAUUUAGAUGUUUCUUGGAAUAUUAAUGCGACGCGCAUUUCCUUCGACCUGAAUUCGAUUCGAGUCGAAUCGACGAGAAAUCGAACUAUUUUAAUGUUGAACUGUCAAUAAAAAGAAACAAAAACAAAAAAAGGACGGAGGAGAAAAAAUUCACCACUCAUUUCCCCCAAUCAAUAUUACCAAUCAACUUUAUCUCUACCAUCUAAAACUAACAAUUUUGAAAAUCCUUAAGAAAACGCGGCGAAACAUUUUCCAUGUCGAUACUUGGAUCCGAAUCUGGAAAAAAGGGAAAGGAAAAGAAAGGGGAAAAAAAUUGGCACGAAAUGCGCCAUGUCGAAGGUUAAAUUUAAAGAACUAAUAGAGGGAAGGAUUACGCCAUUGGCCAGCAACGUUUCCAAAGUUGCCCGUUUGGCGGCGAUAUGGGCGAACCGAUUCGGGAUCGUGGGCAACGAUUCCUCGUUAGCGAUCGAUGCGAAUCAGGCUGCGAGACGACGUCCACGUGUGGAAAGUGGCUCGGUUUCGAAGGUGACACGCUCGGAUGCUGAGAAAUGUCCCAGAAUAACCUGCUUCAAGGAUACAACUGGGAGACCCAGUACGAGGAUUCGCAGGUGCAAUUCACUCGUCCUAUCCCGGAUGAAGUCAUCAGCGUUUAUGAAGUUUACGUGAAAGAGGAAACUGCAGGUUCUGAAGGGAGGAACGAUGUCACCGUCGUACCGAGUUUGCCGUCCACAAAUGAUCAUCAAUUAAUUCAGGGUGAUUGCAUGAACCUAAAUGUGGCUAUAGAUUCUGAAGUAAUUAACAUUGACGGUGCUGUGACAAAGUUUCUCGGGAAAGAUGCUUUCAAAUAUAAAAUUCUCGAUCAAAAUGUUAAUUCGUCCAACGACAACGUUAUGGUGUACUCGCAUCCAGUUGUCGAAGGACCUUCAUCGUCUUCCACUCGACUGAUCGAUAAAGAUGAUCCAAGAUCGAAACUUCAUUUCGUGAAAUAUUUGAAACGAGAUGGAAAGACGUUGAAAAUCUGGGAAUGCGGAAUUUGUUCGAAGGAGUUCCGGCAUCAGUACACGUUGAUGAGGCAUUUGCCAACGCACACCGACGAGAGAAACUUUAAAUGCGAGGCUUGCGGCAAAGCUUUCCGGCAGUUGUCGACUCUGAGCCAGCACAAGGCGAUACACAGCGACGCCAGGCCAUACGUUUGUGAAUUUUGUAAGAAAACUUUCAACAGAGUGUCUACACUGAUUUCACACCGGAAAACCCAUUCGGAACACAAACCACAUAAGUGUCAGGUUUGUGGGAAAGGAUUUCAUCAAAAAGGCAAUUUGAGGAACCACGUGUUUACCCACACGAACGAGAGGCCGUACAAAUGCGAGCUUUGUGGCAAAGGGUUCAAUCAAAUGUCGAAUUUGGUCUGCCACAAGGUCAAAGCUCAUGCACACGCGGAGAAAAUGCAGCACGUGUGCGGAAUCUGCGGCAAAGAGUUCCCGCGCCGAUUCUCUUUGAGAUCGCACGAAGAGUACAAGCAUGGGAUAAAGUAUCGACAUCCGGCCGGUGUGCAGACCGGAAUCAACGAUCCGAACGUCAUAAGAAACAAGAAUGUGAGGAUCGUGCAGCUGCCCAACGGAGAUCGAAAUCAAACUAUCGAAGUCAGGGACAAGGAUCCUUUGAUGUGUUCAGAUGUAAUGGAAUCGGUGGUGAUAGAUAAAAUCGACACGAAGGCGAUGGAAAUGGCAUUGAUCGAGGGACAAACGCCAUUCGCUUUGUUCAAACCAGCCAAAGGAAUUCCUGUCCUGGUGAAAGUCUCUCCAACUGGGACUCAUAAAAAUAUCUUGACACCUGCCACUGCUGAAGAUUUACGCAUGGCGGGCAAGAUGAGCCUAAGUCCGACGAUUACCGCUGAUCCCGACAGGAUUAAAGCGGUACAAGUGAAGGUACCAGUGGUAGCCACGGUUAUCCAGAGCAUUGACUCUGAUGGAAAAAUGAAUUUCAUUGUCGAACCGCCUGGCCCUGAGAACGAACACGAGAGCUUGGUCACGGCAUUGGAUUCUCAGUUCACGUACACCGAGCCGGCCAGAAACGAGCCAGAUCGCCAGAAUGGCCCUGUUGUGUCCUCGGCGAUGGAGGAUUGCAACGAGCUGUUGGAACUGGCCGCCCAGGGUGGAAUACAGUUCGUGCGCGCGACAGAGGACGGUCGUUACGAGGUGAUGACGAACAGCGAGGCUCGCGAUCUGAUGGCACAGAAUUCACACGACGUGACCAUUCUUGAGGGUGAGGAAGCGGAUGCGAUCAAUGUUGUGAAUAUGCGCGGCAACGGGGAAGUUAUUAUCGGGGAUUCCGAUAAUCAGAUCAUGGUGCUCGAUUCCGCAUCGACGCAGAAAUCUAUGCCGAUGGACGGCAUUGAGAUCCUGGAGGACAAGGAUAUCCGGAUAUUGGACAGCAAAAGCCUCGACGACCGUUUCGUGGAUGGCAUUAGCUUCCUCUCGCAAUCAAAGAUCGACGAUCUGAUUUUGGGUCCGAAACCUUUGUCCAUCGAUGGCGGCGUAACCGUCAACGACCACGAGGACGAGGCCAUAGGAGUGCCUUCGAGUCAACAAGAGUUGACGAACAUCCUCAGCCACAGAAGCGAUAUUUCGACGCUGUCGACCACAUCUCAGCCCUCGAUAUCGUCCCUGUUAAUGAAAAAUCACCCACCCUUGUCGAUUUUGAACGAUACGCUCCCGUAUCUGAAGAGCAACACCAGCUUAGCCGAAGAUCUCAAUAUUCUAGGUAGUUCGACGAUGGACGAUCAUCAUUCCGUGUACGAGUCCAAGAUAAAAUUACCUUCCGUUUUUGACGAUCCUGAACCAGACACUGGCCUGAUACCCAUCAAUCAAUCGGAUAUGAAGAUACUCGGAUCAGGAACUUCGAAUAAAGUCCUUGGCAGUAAGACAAAUUGUCUACCGCCAUCGAAAUUGUUCCCCGGUCUGAACGAGGUGAAGAUCCUGGGUCCGAAGAACCACGGCCAAGAGAUCAUGACUUCGCAGUAUCAGGAUAUAAAGUUACUCAGCCCUUACGAACAGUUUUUGAAGAACACCGCCUCGAACACGAACGGGUGCGACAGCGGCGGAGUGAACACUUCCGGUGGGUGUAGGAAGGAAGUGAAGAUCCUGGGCAAGAAGUUGGGAACUGGCAUUAUCACCAGCACCGAGGAGGGCAACGUUGUGGAAGUCAUCGAGGAGAAAACUAAGCUCAUGAUGGACGGUCCAGGUCUUUGCAACCCCACUGACAACACGGUGAUCUCAUCUCCGCGUCUUGACAGGCAGAUCACGGAGAAUGGAGGGCCAGACAGCUUCUUGCUCCAAGCAUGUAGCCCGUGCGACUCAGAUUUCCUGAAUUUCGAGAACCGUUUGAAGGACACGUCGCCGGCCGGCCAUUUUGAGCGAACCCAGAAGGAUUCCAGGGAUAGUUUCAGCUCUACCAGCGGUCUUCCCGAUCUCGAUUGAACGAAGAAAUCGGGAACAGUCCACUCUGUUCAACUCUUCUCCUUGGCUCUCCUCCGUUGAAACUAUCCAAGCUCGACGAGUGGAAAGGAAAAAAAGAAAAAAAGGGAAAAAAAAAAAAGAAAAAGAAAUGUCGCCACGA